AUGCAAGCGGAAGUGCAGCGAAGCCGAUUCUGCGUGAGACCAUCGGAGAUUGAUCACUCGGCUCAUCGUUAUUCCCAACUACCAAAUCUCUUAAAAGCAUGCUUUAACCAAUCAACCAAUAAUUCAGACGCCGAUACUAUAAUUACUGGAGUCAACAGUGUUUCGACUGUUGUCAUUGCAAAAAAUAAAGGAAUGAAUGAAGUCGGCAAAAUAGAAAAGGGAGAUGAUGGAGAACCAGAAAGCUCGAACAGAUUGCGAACUGUAAUCACUGUUAGAAAAAGGACGCGUUGGGACCGUUCGACAAUGUAA